CGGGUGGCAUUGUGAAAGUGAAAGCCAAAUAUACGCCAUGAAGUACCUGCUCAGCGUGACCUUGUUGUUGGCCAUUGGUCUGCAGCAGAUCGAUGCCCACGGAAUGAUGCUGUCCCCGCCCAGUCGCUCCUCCCGCUGGCGUUACGACGGAUCCGCUCCUCAAAACUGGAACGACAACGAACUAUUCUGCGGCGGCUUGUAUACCCAAUCGAACAACGGAGGUCGUUGUGGCCUGUGCGGCGACAACUUCUUGGAUGGCCAGCCCCGUGCCAACGAGAUCGGAGGUAGUAUCGGCGGAGCAGGCGUGGUGACCAGGAGCUACGCGGCUGGCCAUGCUAUCACCGUGGGUGUAAAGAUCACCACCAACCACUUGGGCCACUUCGAGUUCCAUCUGUGCAAUCUGGAUGUCUACGGCGGCGAAUCGGAGGAGUGCUUCGACCAGCACCGCCUGCGUUUUCCCGAUGGCAGCGAUAGAUUGCAAAUUGGUAGCCAGGCUGGAGAAUUCGAUGUGACAGUUUUGCUGCCAGAGGGAGUUACCUGCAGUCACUGCGUUAUCCGAUGGACCUAUGUGGGUGCCAACAACUGGGGCAUUUGCGAUAACUCCGGCAACGGAGCCUUGGGAUGUGGUCCCCAGGAGACCUUCAAGAACUGCGCCGAUGUGAGCAUCAACUGGGGUCGCAAUUUGGUCAAGGAGCUGGUCAGUGGAGACCUACCCGUGGCUCCCAUUGAGGUUGUCUAAAAACCCAGUCAGCUAAAUUACUAACUGCCAAUUAAGUCUGAAAGUGCUAAAAGCCAGAAAGUAACCAAAGUUAAAUAAAGAUCUGAGCAUUAUAAACGGUA